UACUACGUCAGACAUUUCCCUUGACCUUGACGUAUUCAUACCGCACAUGCGCAGUGUACCGCCGGUCUCGGCGGUGACAUAAAGAUGGCGUCGUCCGUGGCUGUUCGCACAGCACGUUUGCUCAUCUCUGCGGUUCCUCUUAGGCACCGUAGUGUUUGGUCGCGUCUUGCCUCAGCGACACAUGUGGAGGCCUGUGCCACGGCGCUAUUGGGGACACAUCGGUGCAGGAUAGCGGGCAAUCCCAGCUGUUUGAGACCUGGAAAUGCCGUGACAUUGAGAUUCACAGGACCAAGGUCCCUUCAUGCGGUCAGUCAUCACUCCUUUCACACUAGCUGCCGUUCGACUAACAAGCAGGACUUGUAUGAUGUUCUCGGGGUGCCUCGCACAGCCACUCAGAAGGAGAUCAAGAAAGCUUACUAUCAGAUGGCUAAGAAGUACCAUCCAGAUACCAACCAGGAAGACCCAAAGGCGAAGGAGAAGUUUGCCAAGCUGGCCGAAGCCUACGAGGUGCUGGGUGACGAGGUGAAGAGGAAACAGUAUGACACGUACGGGGCGGCAGGCUUCGACCCCAGUCAGGCGGGAGGGGGGUCAGGUGGGCAGCAGUACUGGCGGGCCGGGGGGACCAGCGUGAACCCCGAGGAAAUGUUCAGAAAGAUCUUUGGCGAGUUCGCUGGAACGCAGGGGUUUGGAGACUUCAACAGCAUGUUUGAACAGAGGCCCGAGUUUGUGAUGGAGCUGACGUUUAACCAGGCGGCCAAGGGGGUGAACAAAGAGUUGACGGUGAACCUGGAGGACGUGUGUCCGCGGUGCGACGGUAAGGGGAGUGAGCCCGGAACCAAGGUCCAGCACUGCCAUUACUGCAGUGGUACCGGCAUGGAGUCGAUAAACACUGGGCCUUUCAUGAUGCGCUCCACUUGUCGUCGCUGUGGUGGGAGGGGCUCCAUCAUGACCACGCCCUGUGUGAUGUGCCGAGGCUCGGGACAGACCAAACAGAGGCAGACCGUCACGGUGCCGGUACCUGCAGGUGUGGACAAUGGACAGACUGUACGAAUGCCCGUGGGGAAGAAGGAAGUCUACAUAACAUUUAGAGUCCAGAAAAGUCCUGUGUUCAGAAGGGACGGUGUAGACAUCCACUCUGAUGUCCUCAUCUCCGUUGCCCAGGCUAUUCUGGGGGGUUCUGCCCAGGUCCAGGGAUUACACAGUACCAUAGAUAUACAGAUCCCCCCGGGUUGCCAGGCGGACCAGAAGAUCCGUCUGCAGGGAAAGGGGAUUCGGAGAAUGAACAGCUAUAGCUACGGAGAUCACCAUGUUCACAUCAAGAUCAGAGUUCCCAAGAAGUUAACCAAUCGACAGCGCUCCCUAAUCCUGAAGUAUGCUGAGGAGGAGGCUGAGGUGGAGGGGACUGUUAAUGGUGUCACUGCUACUGACAAAGCUGGGGACAGGAGUGGUCAACGGUUUGAGUCUGGGGCGGGGCAGGGCAGGCCAGAGGAUGGGCAGGAGAAGAAGGAAGAGGCGGAGGGCAUCCUUUCCAAAAUAAAGAAAAUCUUUAGCUGAUAGCCACGCCCCAGACAAGUGAACAGAAAAAAUAGUUUUGGAAGAAGGCCCACUGCUUUCCCUCUCAUUACCCUGCUACCUUGAAGAUGGAUGAACUCCAAUCAGAAAGGGGGAGACGGGUUUUGGAUGAGUGGAUUAGAAGUCCAUUAAGUCCCAAAACCGACCACAAAUAAAGCCAAGCCCGGCCACGCACUGACUGCAGAGAUGGUGUUGGGUUGAGUAACGAAGGACUCAUUUUACCUGGGAGGAAUUCAAAAUGGACUCUAGCAAGUGCAAGGAAGAGGAGAGAAGGAAAAGGGAAGAUUUUAGCUUAACAAUGUGUGUUGCUGAUACACUGUUUCUGGGCAUAUUUUCCAGUGCCUGGAUGAAGCUGAAGCACUCUGGAACAUGUGAAAGGUAACAAUGGUCUAGUCUACAUAUUAUUUAUCUGGGAGACCCCAUUGGCAUCACCUUGUAGGGGUCCCAUACAUGUUGAUGCAAUUGUUUUCCUUGUACUGUCAUGUGUGAUGGAAAACCGGCUGAAUAACCAAUAGGUUUAAUUAAAGAGAAUUACAAUAA